AUGAAAAACCUGGCUAUAAUUUUGGUACUCUUGGUUUUGGCUAUCGUUUUUGUUGAUGCCGGCCCGAACACGGCUCAUAUUCGAGCGGCACGAUCACACUCUCAUGGAUCUCACGGACAUCACCAUGGAGGAGGACAUCGGGGAGGUGGAUGGGGAAGAGGCGGACGCAGGGGAGGCGGAGGAGGGCACAGACAUGGAGGACGACGAUGGGGA